AUGCAUCCAACCAAUGGCUACGAUAUCGAGAACAUACAAGGCACAGGUAUUACGAGGUCGAUUGCAGGUAUUGAAUCUGGGACUGUAAAGGGACCAGGCAUAGAGGGUACCCUUGUCGAGAACAGUGGUGCUGAUUGGGCAGAACAAGUUCAUUCCAAGAAGGCUCGUGGGCUAUUCCGACCUGGGCCGGGUAUCGAGUUCUCCCAACCAGACUCAAUCGACGUGGAUUACACGCAGGAUGAGGUGGAAUACUUUACUCACAUCACUUUUGAAGCAGCAGGAACUAGUCCGUACAAUUGGAUGAAUGGUAUCGUGGCUAUCGGAGCUUUGCAAUCAUUUGGAGGAGCUGCUGUUAUUGAUUGCUGGCGUUUGACCAAUUUCCUUGGACAGCAGGUUGAGGAUGUUUACGUCAAGAUUGCUGCCGAAUUCUCCCAAGUUACUCAACCUUAG